AUGGACGAGAAGCCGCCCGCCAGGGGAGGUCCCGGCUUCUGCUCGCUGCGCUGCGGACUGGCCCUGGUCAUGCACCUCUCCAACCUGGCCCUGAUAACGCAGCGCGUCGGGCUCAGCAUCGCCAUCGUCGCCAUGGUGAACGGCACGCGGCGGCCGGCGGCGCCCAACGCCACGGUGGGAGCGGAUGCGCACGGGGACCCCGGCGGGUCCGCCCAGGAGCUCAGGCCAGGGACCUCCGUGUACGAGUGGAGCCCAGAGACUCAGGGCCUCAUCUUCAGCUCCAUCAACUACGGGAUCAUCCUGACGCUGAUCCCGAGCGGGUACCUGGCCGGCAUCGUCGGGGCCAAGCGCGUGCUGGGGGCGGGCCUGCUCAUCUCCUCCCUCCUCACCCUCUUCACGCCACUGGCUGCCGACCUGGGGGUGACUUUGGUGGUCGUGAUUCGGACAGCCCAGGGCAUGGCCCAGGGCAUGGCGUGGACGGGGCAGUUUACGAUCUGGGCCAAGUGGGCCCCUCCGCUGGAACGGAGCAGGCUCACCAGCAUCGCGGGCUCAGGGGCAGCGUUCGGGACCUUCAUCAUCCUCUGCGUGGGAGGACUAAUCUCACAGGCCCUGGGCUGGCCAUUCAUCUUCUAUAUCUUCGGUAGCGUCGGCUGCGGCUGCUGUGUCCUGUGGUUCACGGUGAUUUACGAUGACCCCGUGCGUCACCCGUGCAUAAGUGUCAGGGAAAAGGAGCACAUCGUGGCCUCGCUGGCUCAGCAGCCCACCUCUCCCAGACGGUCUGUCCCCAUCAAGGCCAUGGUCCGGUGCCUGCCACUCUGGGCCAUCUUCACCGGGUUUUUCAGCCACUUCUGGUUGUGCACCAUCGUCGUCACGUACCUGCCGACCUACAUCAGCUCCGUGCUCCACGUCAACCUGCGGGACGUGAGUUCCCUCCCGACGGGUCACAGAAUUGGUAGCCGCCCCGACGGGAACUGGUUCUUGGCUGCCCGCCACCAUCGGCCUUGCCGACCGCGACCGCGAGGGGCCCUGGGGCUCCUGCUGCCGUCGCUCUGUGCCGUGGCCCUGCCCUUUGCGGCCCCCAGUUACGCGAUGACCCUGACUCUGCUGAUACUUAUUCCGGGGACCAGCAACCUGUGCGACUCGGGGUUCAUCAUCAACACCCUGGACGUGGCCCCCAGGUACGCCAGCUUCCUCAUGGGCGUCUCCCGCGGCUUUGGGCUCGUCGCCGGCAUCAUGUCGGCCACCGCCACGGGAUUUCUGAUCAGCCAGGACUCCGUGUCCGGAUGGAGGAACGUCUUCUUCCUCUCUGCGGCCGUCAACGUGUUUGGCCUGGCGUUUUACCUCACGUUUGGACAAGCAGAGAUCCAGGACUGGGCCAAAGAGCGGACCCUCACCCGCCUCUGA